UGACCAUUCUGCUAUCUUUCCGAUCACUUGGCUUGCAAACACCUACAGAUACACAAUGGGCGACCUUUCUAGAGAUGAAUUGGACGGAAUUUACGCGUUUGCCGUGGAGCUGGGCAAGCAAGCGGGGAAGAUGCUUACGGAUGCAGCGCAGUUGAGGAUAAGCGGUGGAAGCGGGUCACAGAAAGAGCAAGAACAUGUGCAGAAGGAGAAUGCGGUGGAUUUGGUGACGGAAACAGAUGAAAAUGUUGAGGCAUUUAUCAAGGGCCAAAUUAUGGAGAAAUACCCUUCGCAUAAGUUUGUCGGCGAAGAGUCUUACAGCAAAGGCACAUCACGAGACUACCUGAUCAACGAUGACAUGACUUGGUGUGUCGACCCUCUUGAUGGCACGGUGAACUACAUCCACCUCUUCCCCAUGUUCUGCGUCUCGAUCGCGUUUAUUCACAAACAGAAGCCGUUGAUAGGAGUCAUCUAUGCUCCAUUUAUUAACCAGUUCUUUUCAUCAUGCGCCGGUCGUGGCGCUUUCCUCAAUGAAACGCAGCAGCUUCCUCUUGUACGCACACCCGUGCCGGCCUUGCCCUCAAAUGCGCCUAGUGGCUGCAUCUUCUCUUGUGAGUGGGGGAAAGAUAGAAGAGAUGCUCCAGAUUCCAAUCUGCACAGGAAGAUCGAGAGUUUUGUGAACAUGGCAGCGGAAGUUGGUGGAAGAGGCGGAAGGGGCGGCAUGGUGCAUGGAGUCAGAAGUCUGGGGAGUGCAACCCUAGAUUUGGCGUACGUUGCUAUGGGCGCUUUUGAUAUCUGGUGGGAGGGUGGCUGCUGGGAGUGGGAUGUCGCGGCCGGGAUUGCGAUUCUGCAGGAAGCUGGCGGAUUGAUCACGACGGCCAAUCCGCCUGAGGACCCUGCUACAGCCCCGAUUGAGGAGGUUCGACUAGGCAGUCGGCUAUACUUGGCCAUUCGCCCUGCAGGUCCAUCGUCGAAUGAAACAGGGCGACAAGGCCAAGAGAGAACCGUGCGGGAGGUCUGGCGACGGGUUCGUAACUUAGACUACUCGCGCCCUGGUGCGUAGCAGGGUAAUCUUUGUAUGACUUCGUUCCUCAGUUGUCCACCCUUACAAUAGAUCACGAACUUCGCAUAAGACAUUAAUGCAUUGAUACCACUCAGCCUGAUUGACGAGAUUCGAAG